AACCGGUUCAAUGGAAUCACUUUUGGAAAGCAGUUAAAUAAUUUUUAAAACUGGGAAAACAUGAAUGGCAAAAUCAUUACAUCAGAAACCUCAGAAUUUGAGAACCAGCUGAUAGGAAUCGGAGACUGCCGACAUGUCGGAUUCUCAGAACAGCACGCCAGCAACGUUUCAUGGUGAUGACAAGAUGGAAGAGGACUCUGGAUCUAUGGGAUUGCUUGGUGAAGUUGUGGGUGUUGGUGAUAGAAUCCAGGAAGAACAAAUGCAUACCGGGAAUAAGGAGCCCUCUUUGAAUAGUCAUGAUCCUGUAAAUCAUGUUAACACAGUCACAACAGCGGAACCACCAUUUAAGAUCUUCUCAAAAAGUUUGUCUCGGACUGACUUAGAGAAUAGACUGAGCAUUCCUGUAAGUUGUCUGCACUUUUUCCGAGUGCCUGAAGGUUCAAAUCAAAUUGAGUUCCAAGCAAUCGACACUCUUGGUAAACCGUGGAGCUUUAAGCUAUCCCUUCGUUCUGGAGUGUAUCCAAAACCUGUAAUCACCGGGGAGUGGCUUAGUUUUGUGAGGGAUAAAGGUGUCAAGGUAGGUGAUACCGUAACAAUAUUUCAGCAAAAUAAUGGAACUAAUGAAGGCCAAUACAGCAUUUCAGUGUCCAGAAAGAUUUUCAAUGUUUUGGCUACUUUGCCAGCUUGAGCUUCUCUUCUGCUGCCUGACGUGAGCAGCUCUGUUGUUCAUAUUGCUCGUGUUGUUUUUUAUUUUUCUUUCGCUAAACAUAUUGCUUUGGUUGUGUCAUGUCUAUCAACUGCUUAAGUAUGCCCCCUGCAGAGUUAUCUUCUUUUAAUUCCAGUAUUAAUCUUGGCUAUCUUUCAAGAAAAAAUAUAAUUCUGAAAAUAUUAGAAUAUGUGUAUUUUUUAUGCAGAUGAAAGUAAAGGAUAAAAAGAUUUGUUAUA